GAGUCGAAUUGCAAGGGUACCGCUACUGAGUUCUAUUUUUAGAGCGACCAAAUUCCUUUGAUUUAAAUUUCCGGGUGUUUCAGAUAUUCCUCUGUCAUACGCAUUUGCAUUUCAAACAAUGCCUUGGAAUUCUAAAUUCGUCUGGAUUUAAAUUUCUAUUCUAAUUUGAACAAUGAUGGCAACAGCAGCAAUUCAGGAAGCAGUUGUCCGAAGUUCAUCGUGUAUACAAGACGUAAAAUCAUUAAAAGGAGUACAUUUCCCUACGACAGUACUACAUGUAAAGGUCUUAGAUGUUGGAGCUCCAACUUUAGAUACUAAUACGGAGUUACAUGUAGUAACAGCCAGGAUAGCAGACGAAUCUUCCUACACAGAUGUUCACGUUUACGACAGUGCUAAAUUCCCACUGUUUAGAGUUGGAGAAGCCAUCAUCGUAUCACAUUUUGGAAAGAAAGCAGAUGGAAGUCUGACUGUAACACAAACAUCAAAUGUCAGAACAACAAAUAAAGAUAUGGUCACUGUACCAGAAGAAAUCGUAGAUUUAUCGAAGAGGAAACCCAAAGUCAAGACAGGUACACCCACCACAAAACGACUACAGAAUACAAGAAAAGAAGUUCCUUCUAAAAGACUCAAAGUUAAGGAUGACAAUGAAGUGAUAGAUUUAACUUCGCCAUCCAAUGUAUCUACGUCACGGAAAUCGCAAACGAAGUCAGGUACUCCCACCAAACAACAACCAAAGAAAACAGAAGUUCCUAUCAAAGGAGUGGUAGAUUUGACUUCAUCAUCUAAUGAGACUGAUACCUCUGUAUCUCCUUCACAGGAAUCACACACGAAGCAUUUAAGUUCUACAAACUCGGUCCGGCCUCAGCAGAGUGUAACAAUACAGCCUCCUACCUCGGCUAUCACACAACAGGGGAUUUCACAAGUUCAUCUUAGUACUGUUGUCACCACUGCUACCUCUGUACCUAGCCUGGGCUGCAAAUCAACAUCAUCGCCAGCCAUUCACCCAAAACCAUCAGGUGUAUCUCAACAACUUCCUAAGUCUGUGGGCGAAAGAAACUCGGCCAUUAUUGGACAGCCUACAGAGUUGUCAUCCAAUCCUACCAUUUCUUCAGCAUCUACGUCACAGAAAUCACAAUCAAAGCGUUCAAGUUCUCCAUGCCCUGUUCUCCCUCAGCAGAGUAUGACAUUACAGCCCCAUAAAUUGGCUAUCAAACAGCAAGGGAGUGCACAAGUUCAUCUUAGUACUGUUGUCACCACUACUACCUCUGUACCUAGCCUGGUCCGUACAUCAGCCCCAGGAUUCGGCAUUCAAUCAACGCCAUCAGGCGCACCUCAGAAAUCACACGAGUCUGUCUGCGAAAGAAACUCAACCAUUCUUGUUCAGCCUACAGGGUUGUCAUCCAAUGAGACGGCUAUAUUUGUAGCUACGUCACGUGAAUCACAAUUGAAGUCGACAGAAACCUCAAAGGGUCUACCACAAACAUGCGUCGGUGACCAACCAGUUCCCAAAGCAAGUGAGGAUAAAAAAGGCCCUAAACGAGACGGAUCUUUAACAAGUCACCCGAACUAUGACGGAGAUCAAGGUGGAAACCAAGGUGGAGUUCGUGGCGAACAUUGCACAAAUGGGGGUGAUCAAAGUGACAUGUCCAAAGAAGCAGCUAUGCAAGAACGUCUGUCAGUACGAAAAGAGUCACCGGGAGGAGGGUCAAAACAAAUUCAACGAUCCUCAUUUAGCGCAUAUCCUGCCUUGGGAAACAAAGGUGAACACCCGCGGACCACACCUGAGAAAAAAUCAUCUGCUUCUACGUUUACAAAAGAAUCUCUUGAAAAAUUGAAUGUUUCGUAUAACGAGAAACCUACGGAAAUGAAGGAUUUCUUUAAAAUGGUAAAAUCAAAAGCCACUGAAAAGAUAAGUGGAGCAAAUUUAAAGGAGACUAUGGAUACGUUUAAACGUAUUACAAAAGAGCAGUUGAAAAGGUUUAGUAUAGAUCUUGAUGAUCUUACUGAAACCAAGAAUCAGAACAAUCAUAAUACCAAGUCUCGAAAAAAGGAAGUAAUGCACCACAUUACGUUUAUAAAUGAUGAGAUAGAUAUUUUCUUUAAAAAAGCUGUGCAAAAGAAAGAAUACAAAGAACCAAGAAUAAUCAGGCUACUGACGCAUUGGAAAACAGCUGUGGCCGAGUUCAUGCAGAACUGUGCCGAUGUUGUACACAGUAUAUUGCAACCAGAGAUACUUCCACGAUUGUUUCCUUCUGAUAAUGAAGUAGAGGAAAGUCCAGGUGAAAUACUGUACCAUAACCUGUUUAUGAGUUUUUCAAGAAUUUUCUUGCUUCGUCCAAGGCAGCAAAGAAAAGUAUACAAUAAAAUUAGGAAGGACAUCAUUCCCUGUCAAUCAGACAUGUGUUUUCUGCAAUCAUUGUUUUCGCCAUGUACAGAUGCUCCCAAGCUAGUAAUGAUGUGUGAGGUAAAAAGAAAGGAACCUUUCAAACGCGGAAGACAAAAUAAAUCAAUAUGGAUAGAGAAGAAAAUUGAUUCCAACGCUAUGGGGCAAAUUGGAAUGGAACUUCUCUCCGAAAGUACUGGUUCCUUUUUUUCUCCGGGUGUUGCUGGAAUAGCAUGCUUGAGAUCAGAGAUUAUGUUCCUGUUCUUGGACAUUUCUGAAGAUCACAUCCAAGCCCUAAAAGAAGACGACGCAUCUUUGGAUGGGAAAUAUGCUAAGAUAUACUACACUGAAACUUAUGACAUUCUAAAACCGGAUGAUAGAAUUAAAUUCAUGGAUAUUCUGUUAUAUUUUGCUGCUAUCCAGAGCGGCAACUUCAUUUAUCCACUCUAAGCAAGAGUCGCUGGUGCACAUCAGCGAAAGACGUUCCUGUUGUCGUAAGGAUUUAAAGUAUUUUCAAGUCAACAGAGUUUCUCAGGUGACAUACUGCUAUUCGUGGCUGUAUGUCUUUAUUCUGAUCCAUCAUAAGAGUGUCUCAUAAAGUUACUCUCCUAGGCACCUGAUCCCACCUCUGGUAUGUUUAGGGGUCCGUGUUUGUCCAAUGUUUUAUUUUGUAUUUCUUGCAAGAGUUAUGAGAUUGAUCACAAUUCGUUAUCUACACCUUUCAUUAUUGGAAUUGAGCUUUGAAAAUAAUUCUUUUAAAAUUCACAACAGCUGAAUGAUGUGGCCCAUGGACCUCUUGUUCAUUUUACCAGUUACAUGUAGGUCUGGUUGUUACUAAUUCAGGUAACAUUUACAAUGCAGCAGAAAUAUAUUAUGUACAGUCAUGAUGAGCAAUUACGCCACUAAUAUAAUCCAUAGUCCCAAGAUGUUAGGGUGGUGUCGUUAUGCUUUUUGUAGCAAAAUUGUUAAUGAGCUUGGAUGCCUCUAAUAAAUUCAUGAAAUUCGUGAGUAUCUGACAGGGGCAAGGUGUUACCGAAAUAGGUUUGUAGCUUAAAUGCAUUUGAUAUUUGAAUAUUUUCUUCAUUGCUUCUGUGUGCGGUGAAGAAAUACUCUAUAGAUGGUCGUAAAAAGUAUGUAGUAGCUGUCUACCAAAAUGAAAUCCCUCACUCCUGUGCAAAAAGUUCAGGGUUUGGAUGGGGGACCACAUAAGUAUUUAAUAAAAAUGCGUGUAAUCAUUGAAAAUGUCGUAUUUACGUCUUAUUCUGUAUAUUGUGCAUGGAUACUUUUAUUAUACAACCAUCUUUAGACAAGAAAUAUUAACUUACAGUGAUGUCUAUACGUUCUUUCGUGGGGUUUUCUGUAUUGUGUAUUUUUGCUAUUUCUGUAUAUAUUAUGUGAUAUUGUUGAUGUUAUUGUUGGAAUCUGUUGGAGAAAACAUAUUUUUAUACAUAAAUGCGAUGGACAAGUCACAAACAUGAUUCAUUUUCUUUACGUAAGGCACUGUAUUGACUUUGACACUGCAUCAUGUACACCAUACCGCUUUGUGAAGUCAGCACACAUUUGUUCAAGUAUGAAGCUUGACACUUAAUCACAGGCUAUUCACACAGACUCAUUACCAAAUACACGAUACCGCUUUGUGAAGUCAGCACAUAAAUGUGAAGCAUUAAACACAGUAAAUUUAUCCAACAUGCAUGUUAAUACAUAUUCUUAUUUUUACAUUUUUAACUUACAUAUAUGUCCAUUAUUGGCACAAUCUUUCAUGCAUUAAUUUUCUUGAUAUUGGAUCUUCCAAAGCUACAAUGUAGAAAUAUUAGAAAUUUCUAUUCUUAAAAACAUAUUUUAUCUGGUGUUUAUAUAAUCCAUAUAUUCAGAUUUAGAUGUAGUAAAAUUGCAUGCUAAUAUUUGUAGUUGUUAUGAAAGCAUGAAUUAACCUUUGUUAUAUUGUUUCGCCAUUUUAAAUCCUGUUACUUUCUUGAAUUUACAUAAUAAGUAAGCAUACAAUGUUCAAAUGAUAGACAAGAAAUGGAUGUGAAGUAAAUAUACGAUGUUCGAAUAAUACACAUGAAAUGGGUGUGUGAAUUAUGUGUUCAAUUUAGAAAUAAUAACUGAAUUGAAGAUGCGCAAGUAAAUUAUAACACAGGUGUAUCAGAAAUUGAAAUAGAUGGAUAGGUUUAAACGUGGAGAUGAUUUUAUCUUAUCAAGCAUGGUUUGAAAUCUAGUUCAUACCUACCCCCUCACAAUUCAUUGCGUGAGGGGGUAUAGUGUAUGUGGGUGAUAUGUGUGACACUGAGCUUGUAGACCUCUUCAGGCCACAAUUUUGUUCAUUGAUUUGGUACUUCAGAUGUAGUUUGUUAUUAAGAGAGAACGAACCCUAUUGAUUUUGGGGUCAAAAGUCAAGGUCACUAUGGGACUUAAUUCAUACUUUUUACAUCAUAAAACGUAGACCUUCCAUAUUUGGUAUUUGUAUUCCUUGUGGCAAGACCUUUCCAUUGACACCAAAAUAUAGUCCUGGUGACCUUUACAUUGACGUUUGACCUACUUUUAGAAAAUUCGAAUAUAAGCCAUAUCGCAAAAACUUCAACUACAAUGCCUUACAGUUCCACAUUGUUGUAAUCCGGGGCAUCAGUGUUUCACAAACUAAUCUUGUUCCACGUUGUUUCAGUUCAGGGAUCUCUCUAUUUAUUUGAAUUGAAACAUUUUAUUUCAUUAUUUAUUUAUUUAUAUCAAACGCCUUUUAUAGUUUUAUGUACUCUUGGUUACUAUGUUAACCCCAGUUUGAUAUUUUUAAUGUCUUUUUAUGCAUUUAUUGUUUUUUGUUUUAGUUUCUUUUACACGUAAAGCGUUUAGAGUAAGUAUGCAAACAUUAGAUAAGACAAAAUAUAAAUGCACAAUAACAAUAUUACCAAUUGUAUAUGUUUGUUAUGCAUUGAAAAUUAAUUCAUUCAAUUUGAAUUUCAAAAAAUAGAAGCAGAAUAAAAUCCUAGUUUAUAGUAUGCUGAGGAAUCAAUAAAUUUCGUAUGUUGUGUAUUAUGCCUAUAAUUAGAAUUAAUGAACGUUUACCCACUUGAUUUAUUCAGUAAUUUCACAAUUUAUAUCUUUUUCACGUUGUUUUUUUUUUUAAAUUGAUGAAUGCAUAUUUAUUUGUGAUUUGUGCAAUAAAUCUACAAUAAUUAGUACA